AUGGACGCCAAUCAAUUACGUGAGCUAGAGACGCUAUGUCGCGUACUAUAUGAGAGUGGAAAUGAAUCAGAACGCGCUCAUGCACAGCAGGCCGUGCUCAUUUUGCAGAGUUCAGCCGAGUACAUUCCACAGUGUCAAUACGUACUCGACAAUUCAUCGUCGCCCUAUGCGCUGCUCGUUGCUAGCACAAGUCUCACAAAGCUUCUUACGUCACAUUGGAACAAUUUUACAACUUCCCAACGUGUCGACAUUCGAAACUAUGUACUGGGAUAUUUGGCUCAAAAGGGACCGACACUGGAGAAAUUUGUGACAACGUCAUUAAUUCAAAUGGUCUGUCGUCUUACCAAGUACGGCUGGUUUGAUGAUGAGCAACACCGUGAAAUUGUUGCAGAAGUGACAAAAUUCUUGCAAGCUACAGUAGAUCACUGUGUCAUUGGACUCCAAAUCUUGAGUGAGUUGGUCACGGAAAUGAGCUUGCCUAUAGUCGGCCGUAACAUCACGUUUCAUCGCAAAAGUGCCGUGUCUUUUCGAGAAGAUUCGCUGUUUCGGAUUUUCCAGGUCGCACUCACGUCCAUUAAACAACUUCAGAUGCACAACAUUGGAGGGGCAACGCCGCAGCAGGAAGCAAGAAUGGGAGACCAGGCACUGACACUACUUAUCAAGUGUCUAUCUUUUGACUUUAUUGGUGCCAAUUUAGACGAGUCGGCUGAUGAGACAAGUUCGCUACAGGUGCCCACGUCGUGGCGCUCGGUUAUUCAGGAUCCCGACACUUUACAACUGCUCUUUGACUUUUACACGACGACUAAUCCGCCUAAUUCGUCCAAAUGCCUCGAAGCACUCAUGCUGUUUGCGUCCGUGCGUCGUAAUCUAUUCUCGCCGGAGAAAGAGAGGGGUUUGUAUCUUUCUCAUUUACUAAAAGGUAUCUGCGCUAUUUUGCGCACACAGGAAGGGCUAUCGGAUCAGCAAAAUUACCACGAGUUUUGCCGUCUAACCGGCCGCUUGAAGUCGAAUUACCAGCUCUUAGAGCUUAUGAAGACGGAUUCAUUCCUAGAAUGGAUGGACCUUACACCCGAUUUUACGAUCAAGUCUUUCCGUCAAUGGCAGUGGUCUGCGAACUCAACUCACUAUUUGCUAUCGUUGUGGUCGCGCCUAGUGGCUGCGCUACCUUAUGUGCGCUCAGAACCGGUGUCGUGCUCGCCGUACUCCGGUACUGCUAACUUCCUGGACUCGCGUGUACCUCAGAUUAUUCAGGCGUACUUGCAGUCACGUCUAGAUUCUGCAGAACAAUGUGCUCUUGAUGACACGCUGGACAACCCGCUGAAUGACGAGGGUGGUCUAUAUGAGCAACUUGAAAAGCUGCCAACGCUGUGCCACUUUAAUUACCGGCAGACAGGGGAGUACAUUGUGUCAGUGUUGGAUCCGAUUUUGAAUCAGUACGCGGAGGCGUGCAGUAUCUUAGACCAAACUGGUGGAGCCACAAUUCCACUACAGCAGCAGCAGCAAUUGGGAAGUAUGGAGAAUCGGGUAGCCUGGCUCGUGUACGUUAUUGGCGCCAUUCUUGGUGGGCAGACAUACUCGUCCACGUCAACGGAGGGCAAUGAGUUUGUCGACGCGGACCUCUCGCAGCGGGUCUUUCGCGCGAUGCAGCUGACGGAGCAUCGGAUCAUUGCGUCGGGUGGACAUGCAAAACCUAGCGUGCACUUUGAAUUAUCGUUGCUCUACUACUUUAGUAGUUUUCGCAAGAGCUACAUCGGGGAGCAGCAUGGCAUGCCAUCGGCACCUACGCCGUCGUCAUCCCUGCAGUCAGCGUCGGCCUCAUCACCAAUCAUGGCUCCUAGCGAAAGUGUUAUGUCAUCUAAGCACAAAACAUAUUUGCGCAUGUUCGAGCGACUAGGACUGGGUGACCACACGGUUGUCGUGAACAUGGUGGUAACGAAAGUGGGCAACAAUCUCAAAUUUUGGGGUGAGACUGAGGUGAUUAUUAGCAAGACUCUGGCGCUUUUUUUCGAAGUUGCAUCUGGAUACUCCUCCGGGAAGCUCCUUCUUGGUUUGGAAACGGUGCAGUACCUUAUCGGGAACCACACGGCAGAAGAGUUUCCAUUUCUGGUGGUUCCAGCUAACACGCGACACCGAACGAUGUUCCACUCAACCAUUGCGCGGCUUAUUUUCACGACCGCUUUCGAUGAGUCUUCGGAUCGGUUUGAACGAUUCAUGGACCCUAUUGAGAACGUUCUUAACCAGCUUUUGCAAACCGUCAACUAUCGUGUGCCAGAAGUUCGUGAGGCUGUGACUGGCGUGUGUCGCGAUCUGCGGGGAAUUGUGCAGCAGACGCACAACCGACACACAUACAGCUGCAUCUUCGACUUCUUGUAUCCGACUUAUUUCCCAGUGUUUGUACGAGCUGCAGAUGAGUUGCAUGAUUGCCCGGCUGUAACAACAGCUCUGCUCAAGUUUUUGCAGGAGCUGGCUUACAACAAGGCUCAGCGUCUUACGUUUGAGCAGAGCUCAGUCAGCGGUAUAUUGCUGUUUCACGAGUUGAGUAGCGUUAUAGUGGCGUACGGGCGGCGGAUACAACCAGUGCCGGCAGGGAAGAAUCCAUACGGCGAUAAGUAUAAGGGCGUGGCAAUAUGUCUGGGUAUUCUUUACCGCGCACUAGGCGGGAACUACGUGAAUUUCGGUGUGUUUCAGCUCUACAAUGACAAGUCUCUGGAGAACGUACUAGAAAUUGCACUGCAGCUUGUCCUAUCUAUUCCCCACGAGGACUUGAUGCACUACCCGAAGUUGAAAAAUGCCUACUUUUUCUUCCUGGAGAUUCUAUUCCGCAAUCAGCUGGCGUCCGUGGUGGCGUUGGAAGACAGCAUCUUUCGCCAGCUUGUACAGUCCUUACACGAAGGAAUAACCUCGUAUGACCUAGCAAUUGCAGCUCAAUGCGCGACGGCAGUGGACCAUCUAGCGUCAUUGUAUUUCCAGGAAAUGAAGAAGAAGCGGGACACACCUGUGAAGCAUAUCUUAUGCGCACAUGUACAGGGCUCGCCGACCAUGUGGUCAACGCUGCUGGCGGCGUUGCUUGACAUUGUGGUGUACGGCGAGGUGAAUUCACAAUGGACCCUGUCCAGGCCAAUCUUGAGUCUAACACUUUGCAGCGAGGAAGCACUCACAAAUUACCAACAACAGCUGAAAUCUUCGCAACCACCCGAGAAACGUGUACAGAUUGAAGAGGCUUUUGCCUUGUUGUUCGCUGACGUGCGCCCCAAUCUAGAGGCUGCAAACCGUGACAAGUUUACGCAGAAGCUCGGUCAGUUUCGCAACACAUUGCGUGGCUUCCUGACGAUCCAAUAA